UAGAUAUAGAUCUAAGUAAUUUUAUCUUAUCGUUUUGAAAGAAACUGAAUGAAACAAAAACCAAUACUCAAAAGCUAGUCUAGAGCAGACUUGAAGUGUCAAGUAAACGAGUGGACUAAUGUGACAGAAUGGCCUCACUGCCCAAGUAUAUUGUGCUGUGGCCAAUCUUCUUGCUCAGCUGUCUUGUGAUAACUGUCUACACUAGUGAGACCCAGUAUAUUACUAUUGGAGCAUCCCUGAGCUCUGAAAGAAUGGAGAAUGAAUUUCGCAGAGCUGUUGCAAAUCUGAAUCGUCAUAGACAUCUGCAUUUUAAUGCCACUACCAUUCUAAUGGAUAGUAACCCAAUCAGAUCCGCAUUGGACAUCUGUGAUAAAUUGUUGGCUCAGCAUGUCUUCACUGUGGUGGCAUCUCACCCAAACUCAACUGACCACUCGCCCAUCUCUGUCUCCUACACCUGUGGCUUCUACAACAUCCCAGUGGUGGGCAUCUCUGCUAGAGACUCAGCCUUCUCAGAUAUGAAUGUGCACAAGAUGUUUCUGCGUACUGUACCGCCAUAUUCCCACCAGGCAGAUGUCUGGGUUGAGAUUGUUAGCAACCUCACCUGGCACAAGGUCAUCUUUCUCUACAGUGCUGAUGAGGAGGGGAGGGCUAUUUUAAGUCGAUUUCAAACAUUGGCAGAAAAAAAAAACAUCAGAAUCGAGCCAUCUAUAAAAUAUGCUCCUGGUGAAAGCUCCUAUAGAUCUGUCCUUGAACCAAUCUUAAAGUGUACAUCUAGAGUCAUUCUGUUUUCUGCCUCUGCAGAAGACGCCUAUGUUAUAUACCAAGAUGCAGAAAGGCUUGGCAUGACGGGGGAAGACUGGGCCUGGAUAGUGUCAGAACAGGCUUUUGAAGUGGAAAAAAUCCCUGUUGGGUUUUUGGGUGUUCAUCUUGUCAAUGGCACCAAUGAGGUGAACCACAUCAGAGAUGCUGUGGAAGUGAUUGGCCACGCCUUCCAUCAUCUGAUGGCAGCAGAAAACAUAUCCAACCCACCCACUGGAUGCAAUGAGACAAACUCUUGGGAGAGUGGCAAUAGGGUUUAUGAUGCCUUGAAGAAAACGGCCAUGCUGGGAGAGACGGGUCAAGUAAGCUUCAGUGAGGAGGGUGACCGGCUGAACCCCAUGUAUGAGAUCCUGAAUGUUAAUGGCAAUGGGAUGAAGAUGUCUGUAGGACUCUAUGGCCACAAGACUGAGCCAUCUUGGGGCCUGAGGAUGAAGCUGUAUAACCUGACUUGGCCAGGGAACACACAUGUCAAGCCAAAAGGUGAAAAGAUAUCAAGAAACCUGAGGAUUGUGACUCUCAAAGAGAAACCAUUUGUGGAAGUGCUUCCAUUACCCAAAGAUGGCCACUGUAUUCCUGUCAAGCCAGCUAAACAUGCCUUUCCUUGUAAAAAUGGCACACAGGACCACUGCUGUAUGGGCUACUGUAUGGAUAUGCUGGCAAAGAUAUCUGAAAAAGUUCACUUUAAUUUCACCAUUCAUCUCAGCAAAGAUGGCCUGUUUGGAUCUUUUGAAAAGCAUAAUUCAUCAGAGAAAAAGUACUGGAAUGGCAUGAUGGGUGAAUUGAUGCGUCAAGAAGCAGAUCUCAUUGUGGCACCCCUGACCAUUAACCCGGAGAGGGCCAAUGAUAUUGACUUUACUAAACCUUUUAAAUACCAGGGACUAAACAUUCUAGUUAGAAAAACACAGAAAGAUUCCAGCCUGGCAUCAUUCUUGCAACCAUUUCAAGACACACUUUGGAUCCUUGUUGGUCUCUCUGUGCAUGUUGUGGCCCUGGUCCUCUAUUUACUUGACCGCUUCUCUCCCUUUGGCCGGUUUAAGCUGGCCAAAAGUGAUGACACAGAAGAGGAUGCUCUAAACCUGUCCAGUGCCAUGUGGUUCUCAUGGGGCGUUCUCUUAAACAGUGGCAUUGGUGAAGGUACACCUAGGAGUUUUAGUGCCCGUGUGUUGGGGAUGGUUUGGGCAGGUUUUGCUAUGAUUAUUGUGGCUUCCUAUACUGCUAAUCUGGCAGCUUUUUUGGUUUUGGAUCGGCCUGAAGCCCUGAUUUCUGGCAUUGAUGAUCCUAGGUUGCGUAAUCCUAAUGAAAAGUUCAAGUAUGCCACAGUUAAAGGUAGUGCUGUAGAGAUGUAUUUCAAAAGGCAGGUAGAGCUGUCAACAAUGUAUAGAAACAUGGAAGGUCAAAAGAAAUAUUUAACUGCUGAAGCUGCCAUUGAAGAUAUUCGUAAAGGUGAGCUGCAAGCCUUCAUCUGGGACUCCCCUCGCCUGGAGUAUGAAGCUGCCAGCGACUGUGACCUGACCACAGCAGGGGAUCUCUUUGGGAGGUCAGGUCUAGGGAUUGGUCUGCCAAAGAACAGCCCCUGGACACACGAAGUAUCAAUGGCAGUUUUAGACAUGCAUGAAAGUGGCUUUAUGGAAGAUUUAGACAACCGAUGGAUUCUAGUGGACAGCAAGUCCUCCUGUCCUGAGAGUAACUCUGCUCCAGCUACCCUAGGUUUAACCAACAUGGCAGGAGUUUUUAUGAUGGUGGCUGGAGGCAUUGUGGCUGGUGUCCUUCUCAUAUUUAUAGAAAUAGCCUACAAGAGACACAGAGGACUGAAAGAAAAAGAACUUGAACUGGCUCGAAAUGCUGCAGACCGCUGGCGUGGAAACAUUGAGAAAAGAAAGAAGCUGAGGCAGACUUGGCAGUAUCUACAUGCCCUGCGAGAUUCUCAAGAGUUAGCAUUCAAGUAUGAAGAAAAUAUCUUGAAACGAAGAACUUUGAGGCAAACUUUGCAAAAACAAAAGGAAGAGCAGAUGAGAGUGAAUUCUGUCCAUAAACAGCCCAGUGCCAAACAAAAUCCUUCCCAGCCAGCCAAUGCCACAUCUGUUAAGCUGAACAGCAACAACACCAAACCAUUAGUUCCUCCACCAUACCGUAGACCCUCCCUGCUAGAGGCCACUAGAGAAAGUGACUGCCUCCCUCCCCCACUUCCCAUGGACUAUCGUACACCAGGUUAUGUACCAGCACGCUCUGGACGCACUGUCACAUGGCACAAUCCCUCUCACAAUCCUUCUCUAAGUCCAGAUAACCUUGUUUAAUUUCUUCCAGGCUGACAUUUGUAAAUCAUUGAACAUUUACUAGUUAAUCAACAUUCUCCAAACUUUUUCUUAUUCAUUUCUUGUGAUAAAAACCUGAAUUUUUACAAU